UUCCUUUUCACCCCCUCAAAAACCAACUUUAUUCUCUCUUCCUUCCCAGAACUCACCCUUAAAAACAGGCCGAAUCCCACCCCGAUCCCCCAUCACUCACACAACCUGAAUAAUAUACUGGAGCUUCCCUAUAGCACGUACCUCAAGGGUGUAAGCUAGCUACCGGCACAACUGCUCAACCACCUGUGUGGUCGAUUGAAAUGGAUUCUUCGCCUUCAGACCUAACCCUAGACUACACGCCAAACGGCAACGCCGGUGGCGGCGCGGCGGCUGCCAGUGGGUACUCGAUAACGUCCCCGAAGCAAGCGCCUCCGCCACUCGUGGACCACCAUCACCAGCUGAUCACGGCGGAGCAGACGACGACGCAGAGGCUGCAGGAGUUCCUGUCCCGCCUCGACGACGAGCGGCUCAAGAUCGACGCCUUCAAGCGCGAGCUCCCGCUCUGCAUGCAGCUCCUCAGCCAAGCCAUGGAGGCGUACAGGCAGCAGCUGGAGGCGUACCAGAUGGGGAGCCAUGGCGGCGCGCCGGCGAGGGCGCCGCUGGUGCUAGAGGAGUUCAUACCGCUCAAGAACUUCGGGAUCGACGCGGCGGAAAAGGCGGCCGGGAACGCCCCCUCGGAGAAGGCGAGCUGGAUGGUGUCGGCGCAGCUGUGGAACGGGCCGGCGGCUGGGGAAGCGGCGGCCAAGGGUCCGCAGACGCCCAAGGAGCGCUCAGAGCACCCGCUCGACACGAGCCCCAUGCUCGGCGCUCUUGACGGCGGCGGCGGCGGUAACGGAUGCGGCGCUUUCCUCCCGUUCACCAAGGAGAAGGCCUGCAUGGCGGAUAACGCAGCCGCACUGCCGGAGCUCGCGCUCGCGCCCUCGGAGAAAGACAUGAUCGUCGCCCGGGAAUCUGACAGGAAGCCGUACCACGAGGACGGAGGCAGCAACGGCGUUGUCGCGAGGAGAGACGUCGUCCAGAACGGGGCACCGCCGACGUCGACGGCGACGGAUGGUCAGGCGGUGCCGCCUCCUCCUCAGACUAACCGGAAGGCUCGGAGAUGCUGGUCGCCGGAGCUGCACCGCCGCUUCGUCAGUGCCCUCCAGAUCCUCGGCGGCGCUCAAGUGGCGACCCCGAAGCAGAUCCGUGAGCUCAUGAAGGUGGAUGGAUUGACCAAUGAUGAGGUGAAAAGCCAUCUCCAGAAGUACAGGCUGCAUACGCGGCGGCCGAUGCCGGCGCCGUCGGCACCACCGGCCGGGGCACCGCAGCUGGUAGUUCUGGGAGGCAUAUGGAUGCCGCCGGACUACGCGACGCAAGGGGCUGGACCGGCCGCCAUCUACGGGGCGCACGCGGCGUCGCAGGCGCACUACACGGCGGCGGUGUCCGCGCAGGAGUACUACCAGUCCGCCGCGGCGGCCGCGCACCACAUGCAGCACCACCCGGCGGCCGCCAUGGUGCAUCACCGCACAGUGGCGCCUCCACAGCCCGCAUACAAGGUUCACCCGGUGUCAGCAGGGUCCCCGGUGUCAGAGGGCCGGGGGAGCGGCGGCGGGGGUGGUAGGGAGAGGUCUGAGAGCAUCGACGAGGAGGGCGAGGAGCGGGAGGAGGAGGAGGAUGAGGAGGACGACGACGGCAUGGCGGCCAACGGCGGCGCCGACGAGAUCAAGUACUAAUCAGUAGCGCGAACCAAUUAGCUAGCCUCCGCGCCAGGAUCGUACUUAAUUAAGUUGGUGACUAUUUUCAAUCCGGAAAGUGAUUUUUUGUCCGCGCGGAGAACGGAAGCCGAUCUCACGCUCGAGUGGAGCAGCAGCAGCAGCUGGAGACUGAGAUUGUCUCAUUCGUGAUGUGAUAUACCGAUGGAUUUGUGAGGGCUUUUCUUUCUUUUUUUCCCCUUUUGGGCUUGACGUUGCAUGCCGUCCUUUAUUUUUGUGCUAGCUAAUAAUUUGGUAAAUAUGCCAUGAUGGAAAUAUGAUUAGCUUUUUGUACACUUGGUCGGAGCAAGAGAUAAUAAUUUGGGAGAUGUUGCAUUGAGCUUUGGGUAUGUUACUACGGUGUAAAUUCUCAGUAAUAAGCAGUAAUGGAAGAUGCUAUUUUGUGGUGACUGAAUGUUCCCAAAA